AUGGCGCUAGUGACCAUAGCAGGGUAUCCUUGCUCGGGCAAGUCCAGGAUAGCUAGGAUGCUCGCCGACGAUUUUCGGGCAAGGUUACAGAGCUCUGAAUAUGACGGUCCGAAAUUUGAAGUGGUCGUUGUGGAUGAUGAUAGCUCGCACGUCCCGCGAUCGGUAUACGACGACAGCAAAGUUGAGAAGUCCGGUCGAGCCAAUCUGUUUUCUAAUGUCACUCGAUCUCUCGGUCAAGAGACCAUCACAAUUUGCGAUAGUCUGAACUACAUCAAAGGGUUCAGGUAUCAAAUGUACUGUGCAGCUAGAGAAGCCAGCUGCAGAGUAUGCACUGUAUAUGUUGCUACUCCGCCAGAACGGUGUACAGAAUGGCACGAAGAACGAGGAGAGUGUUCUUACAAGUCUACUACCUUUGAGAACCUCAUCAUGCGAUUCGAAGAGCCAUCCUCGAUGGUGAGGUGGGAUUCACCGCUUGUCACAAUCUCGCCAGACGAGGAACCGCCGUUAGAAGAGAUCUGGAACAUUGUAACGAAAGGCGAGAAGAAAGGACCGAAUGCAGCGCGACCCAAACCUCCGCCGAAUACCUUACUGAUCCUUACAAAUACAACCCACACUAUCACCACCUCCCUCCUCGCUCACCUCAAUGCCGGUCCCGCCACUUCAACAUACAUUGUCCCCUGUCCGCCUGCUGCAUCAGCCGGCAGCUUAACCCUCCAUCUUCCUAUGAGGCGCGUGACGCUGCCAGAGAUGCAGCGGCUGAAGAGGCAAGCUGCGGGCAGCUGGUCUGAGAGUGAAGUAGCGAGUGCUUUUGUACGAUUUCUCGAGACUGUCUGGGCGACGGCGCCGUAG